AUGAAGCCAGGGACAAACGCGGACCCAGAGGCUCCAACGGGCCAGGGAGGGGAACGGGGAACGGGGACGGGGCGGGGGUGGGGGGCGCAGGGGAGAGAAUGGAUCGCCAGGAAACUACAGGAGGAAGCCGAGGCUGACUUAGAACAGCGAAAACCUUCCAGAUGGAAACAGAAGGCGCCAAACGUAGGGGGCGGAGUCUUGAGUGCGUGGGAGGGCCGAGGGGUGUGGCCUGCGCCUGACGCGCCCUGCGGCCUUUCCAGCCGGGGGCCGGGCGGGGCGGCGGCGGCGGCGGCGGCCGCGGGGGAGGGGUACGGCGUCAGCGCGUCGCCGGCUGGGCCGCGCUUCGGGCUGGGGAGCCGCGCGGGCCGGCGGGGAGGCGGGGAGCGCUGCCCCUCCCCUCCCUCCUCGGCGCCCGCCUCGCGGGGCCGCGCGGCUCGGAGUUCCCAGAGGGGCUGCUGCGGCGGCGGCGGCGGCGUCGCGGGGAUCCGGAGGGGCGGAGCUGAGGGCCGCGCGGGCGGUGCGCUUCCCGGGCGCAGGCGCUGCGCUCGCGGAGCAGAGGUCCGCCCCGCGCCCUCCGCCAGGCGCCGGGGCCGCUGGGUCUCAGUCCUCCUAUACGCUGGCCAUUUUCUGACUAGGUUUUCUUGGGUUCUCCUCGUCAUUCGGGUCGGCUUCCCCCAGCCCGGCGCGCCGCCGCGGUCUCGUCGCUUGGCCGGGGAGGGCGGAUGGGAGGGGGUGCGUCGCGUUCUCGCCGGGAGAGGGGCCGGGUUCCCGGGCUUGGCCGAAGGAGUCGAGGGACCUCUUCGCCAGCGACGGGACUGCCCGGCCGGUGGUCCCUCGCGCCGGGCGCCGUCAGGCCUUCUUGAAGGACCCUUUGCGCUCUGUCCCAUUGUCGCCCACACUUUCCUGACCUCACCAGCCCCUCACUCUGUCAGCGGAGACUAACGACCUCACUCUGCGCACCCGUCCCCCCUCCUGUCUCUCCUUUGAGGAUCCAGCAUAUACUUAUUUCGAUCGGGAACCAGGCAAUCUGUUCAGGUGGAAAGGUUCUCUGAAUAUGUCCUGUAAAUCCAUCCAUGUACUCAACCGCGAAGUUGCCGAACGGAAUUAAUUUAACUGUAGUCUCGAGGGAGGUCCCCCACCCCACCCCCCUUGGUCUCUUCACCCUGGCAGAGUCAACUUUUAGAGUCUUCUGAGAACUGUACGGCGGCAUUAGAUUAUCUUUGAGAUAAUUCUUAAGUUAGCGCCUGGAGGCAGUGUGAUGGAAGGUUCAAAGAGAAGGCUUUACACUGUUUCCUCCACCUGUAUCACGGUUCGAAAUGGAAAACGUGCGUUGACGGUGAUUUUCCACACAAGGUGACACUGAUGAUAAAAACCCGUUCAAGAAUUUAGAUGUGACAUCUGCAGCAGGUUCAGAUCUCUCAGCUAAAAGACAGACUGGAUACUUCGUAAAGAUUUUCAUCUGUUGUGCACAGAGAGCCAAAAUCUGUUACUGAAAUAGACUGUCUGGGUGAACUGCCUGCUGGGUCCAGUGAUGCACUAGUAGACAAAGAAGUUGAAAAAGAAGGCUGGCAUAUUCUUUGGAUAACUGGCUGAGUGUGACACCAAUAUGGCAUCAAGCCCUACUAUGAUUCCAAGGACUUCAUGAUUAAAUAACAGUGAUUUUUUUGGGUGGAAGUAGGGGUGGUUGAAGUAAAUUUGAUCUUUACUUGGGGAAUGUAUAAUGUAUUACCAUCCCAUAAUGAUAUAUGAUAAUUGGCUUUGGUCAUCAAACUUUAGAGAUCCUGUCUAUUUAUGGGACUUAAUAUAGUUAACACCUUUUAGUAUUGGACUUUCUGACACUAAGGGAAAUACUAUAAAGAGAAAUAUCUGCUUAACCUAAAAAAGUUUACCUAAAAAGUUUAAUAUAAGGACUGUGAUUUUUCUUUGGGGGAUUUUUGAAAUUUUGCUCCUCCCUAGAGUAUUUAAAUUAUAUUUCUAUUUGCAGAAAAGCUACUGUACCUAGAGUUUUCUAGGAAAAUAUCCUUUUGUGUGGGAUCUUGAACUGGAUAGUGAGUAGAUAAUCAUACUGUACAGUGUUAAUGUGCAUAGAACAGUUAAUAAAUUUAUAACUACAAAUUAAUAAGAGCUAUUAAUAAAUUAAUGUCUUCAGAUCUAUUAACUAAAAUCAUUUAAAAUGAUUUAAUGAGUAGAUGUGAACUGGAAAUAAACCUAUGUAUUUUCUAGAACUGUUGAAUCAAAGAAAAACUGGAACAUCAGAAUAUUCUCUGAACCAAAUCAAUAUUUUAUUUGAUCAGAGUCCCUGCUUUGGUAUACAUCUAUUUAUACUGGUUACAGAGGAUUUGAAAGCAGUGCAGGGAAAUGAGUUGGGUAGAUUCAAAGUUGAAUCCCAUUUUUUUCCUCAGUGAAUCUCCAAUAUUUUUUUUCAUCUAGCAUUCAACAAAAACUCUAGCAGCCCAGGAUACAAAACAGAUUACAUUUUAUAUAGUUCAUACAGCUCAUCCACAAACAGAAAAAGAUUUCCUUAUGACUUAACCUUGAAAUCUUUAUUUAAGGUCUGUACUAUUCAGUUUGCCAGUGUGCCACUGCUACUAUUGCAUGUUUUUGGUCAGAGUGAAGUGCAGCUAACACACAGCCAUUCCGCUAGGAAAAAGAUCUGCAGGUUACUGAGCAGUGGAAGUUACACACAGCUAAUUUACAAGUCAGAUUAGCGAUCAGAGUUAUUCGAUAGCGUUAUGUGGAAUUGAUUUCAUUUCAUGGUUUUUAAGCUAUUUUUUCACUGAGGCAAUGCCUAUAACAGAGACAGGUGUGUUGUAGCAUUUGAAUGCCUUAAACUCUUGAAUCUGGAAUGAAAGGGAGGUUGUUAAAGAUGUUCAGAUCCUAAAACUCAGGGAUUUUGAAGUAAAAUGCCCUGUCAUUCAUUUAUUGUGCUGUAAUUGAACUGCCUUGCAGAUUUUAUUUAGGAAUGUUAUGAUUAAUAUUUGGAAAACUUUCCUGUUUUCAAAUAUAGUCUUUAGGAAAGCC